GGUUUUUAAUACAGACGAACGCACUACAAGAUAAAGAAACUUAUCAACAGGCUAUUACUCAUCUUAAUCAUAACAAUUGAAACAUGUGAUGGAAACCAUUUCAGUACAUUGUUGUCGCAGCUGCCAAAACUGAUAAAACAAAUACGUUCAAAUGCAACAUUUUUAUCGGUUGAACAAUUUAUCAUUUUUUCUAAAUUCACUUGCUCUACGCUUGUCGGUUCGGUUAACACAUACCAUUAUCACUUCUAUUCAAACAGCUGGCCGUACAGCACAUAUUGAUAACUGUCACACAAAACAUACUCGACAAUUCGCAUUACCGAUUCGACAUAUCUGUUCGAGUGUGAAAUUUCCGGAAAAGUGCAAAAUGUAUCCACCAAUUGAACCUUUCAAUACCGGUCACUUGGAGGUAUCCAGUGUUCACAAGAUAUACUAUGAGCAGUGUGGAAACAAGAGUGGUUUACCAAUCGUCUUUGUUCAUGGUGGCCCUGGGGGUGGCAUCUCACCUUAUGAUCGAAAAUAUUUCGAUCCGGAAGCAUAUCACAUUAUACUCUUUGAUCAACGAGGUGCUGGAAAAUCGACACCAGCAUUUAGUCUAGAGGAAAAUGAUACGUGGUCUCUGGUCGCUGACAUGGAGAAGUUGAGAGUCCAUCUUGAAGUGGAUCGAUGGAUAUUGUUUGGCGGCAGUUGGGGUUCAACACUGUCAUUAGCCUAUGCUGAGAAACACAUCGAUCGCGUUGUCGCUAUGAUAUUGCGCGGCAUUUUCACUCUUCGUGACGAGGAAAUUCAAUUUUUCUAUCAGAGCGGAUCGUCCUACAUAUUCCCUGACGUGUGGGAAAAAUAUGUGGCACCGAUUCCCGAAAACGAACGCAAUGACUUCGUGUCUGCAUACUACAAACGACUCACUGGAAAUGAUGAAGCAGAGAGGCUACGAUGUGCCAAAGCAUGGUCUACUUGGGAAAUGGCUACGUCACAGCUGAAGGUGAAUCCAGAAAAUCUGUUACGCGCCGAAGAUGAUACAUGGGCUCUGGCUUUCGCUCGAAUUGAAUGCCACUUUUUCAACAACAAAGGUUUCAUGAAACCGAAUCAGUUGAUUGACGACGCUCAUAUCAUACGUGACGCUAAAAUACCUGUGACGAUAGUGCAGGGACGUUAUGAUGUGGUUUGUCCAGCGAAAACGGCAUGGGACCUGUACAAACAACUACCAGAGGCUGAAUUCUUUUUCGUGGAUGAUGCUGGACACUCGGCAAAGGAGGCCGGAACAACAAAGAAAUUGGUAGAAGCAUGCGAUAAGUACAAAAGUUUGACUCCUAAGUCUUCGGCAUAGUAGACUGUUGCUACAAAAGUUAGCUGUUGUUGUAAGGACGCUUACACUGAAAUAUUAAAGCGAGCCUUUUGAAGAUCAUGUAA